AUGAAGACAGCACUGCUUUGGAUACCCUUAAUUAUUUGCGUGUGCGGCACUCUCGGAGCUGGCAUCGCUUACCUUGCUCUUCUCUUACUGGAACAAGUGAGGAAGGCAGACGUCUGUAUCGCAAACACGGUUGGUUUUUCAACUCAAUCCGAUUUUCCGGCGAAAAUCAACUCCUUCCUGACCAAUCUGAGCGAUCGGGUCGAGUUAGCUAUGCCAAAUGGGCCUGGGCUGUCCUCCCCAUUAACUCGCCAGAGAGUUUUAUCUACGCCUUACUUCGUCGUGCCUAAGGCUAUCGUCGGUGUGAUAAGUUCCGGGAUCGUAGACGCUAUCAUGAUUCAGCCGUUGGUCUUGAUUCUAGCGGUGGAGACCGCUCCGUCUUCGGGCUAG